AUGGGUUUGAGUUAUUUAGCAAAUGGAUGUGUAAUGUCCAUUAUGAUAUUACUUUGCAUUUGUAAAUAUUGUAAUGCUCAACCUAAAGUGUUCGAUAUCAUGCAAUUUGGUGCCAAACCUGAUGCAAUAACCGAUAACAGUAAGGCAUUAAGUAACGCAUGGAGUGAAGCUUGUGGAAAUAGUGGAGGUGGUGUGGUUUUGAUACCAGCACAAGGAAGGUUCUUAGUUUUGCCAUUGUUACUUCAAGGUCCAUGCCAUGGCUUCAUUCAUAUACAACUUGAUGGCGAAUUAUUGGCACCUGUCAAUAAGCAGUUUGCCACCGGUGACUACUGGCUUAGUAUCAACCAAGUCAACAACUUGUUCAUCGAUGGUUUGGGUCGCUUGAACGGUCGCGGUUCUACCGCUUGGCCAUACAGCUCCGCUAGUCGUCCCGUCUCUAUGAAACUCACUAAUAUCAACACUGCAAGAAUUAGGAACAUAAAAUCCUACAACAGCAAACUCUUUCAUUUCGCUGUGCAUGGAUGUCACAAUGUCAUGUUUGAUCACGUUACAGUGAUAGCUCCAACAGACAGUCCCAACACAGAUGGAAUCCACAUUUCAUCAUCAAGUGGUAUCAACAUCAUGCAUUCAGUAAUCAGUACUGGAGAUGAUUGCAUCUCCUUAGGUCCUGGAAGCAAAUUCAUCAACAUAACCAACAUUCAGUGUGGUCCUGGCCAUGGAAUCAGCAUCGGUAGCCUCGGAAAGUACCCAAACGAAGAAGAUGUCUUUGAAGUCACAAUAAGAGACUCCAUAUUCAUUGGAACGUCCAACGGUGUGAGAAUCAAAUCAUGGUCGUCUUCAUAUUCUAGCUUGGUUAGCAAGGUCUCAUACCGGAAUCUACAAAUGAAUAAUGUCAAAAACCCUAUCCUCAUUGAUCAAAUGUAUUGCCCCGACUCUUGCGGUCCAAAUGAAAUGUCAAGAGUGCAGAUUAAAGAUGUGAGAUAUGAAGGCAUAAGGGGGACUUCAAAUACCCAAGUGGCAGUAAAUUUUGAAUGCAGCCAAAUUUUUCCAUGUCAAGGUAUAGUGUUGCAAGACAUUAACCUUCCUUUCAAUGGUGGUGGGAAGUCAACUUCCAUUUGCCAUAAUGUUAGGGGUUCUGCUUUUGGUCAACAAUUACCUCCCUCUUGCCUUUAA